UAGAAGGGUUUUAGGGCUCGAAACUGAAACUCAAACAAAAACAAAUACAAUAGCUACGCCUCUGCUCCUCUCUUAUCUUCUACGUGAAAAAAAAAAAAAAAAGAACUCUAUCCUUCACGCCAUGGACCCAGAUGCCAACGAACCCAACUUUGACCCUGAAACUGACGACCUUCAUAGAUCCUGUGACCACGCUGAAGAUGACAAGUCUCACCCUCACACCGGCGACGGAGCUAGCCCCGGAAAAAUUUUUAUUGGAGGUUUAGCUAGGGAGACAACUUCAGCACAAUUUAUCAAGCAUUUUGGGAAAUAUGGUGAAAUUACGGAUUCUGUGAUAAUGAAGGACCGGAAAACAGGGCAGCCUCGUGGAUUUGGUUUUGUCACUUAUGCAGAUCCCUCUGUGGUUGAUAAAGUCAUUCAAGAAGAUCAUGUUAUUAAUGGGAAACAAGUGGAAAUUAAGCGAACUAUACCAAAGGGAGCUAUUGGUUCUAAAGAUUUCAAAACCAAGAAGAUUUUUGUUGGUGGAAUUCCAGCAACAGUGAAUGAAGAUGAAUUCAAAGACUUCUUUAUGCAAUAUGGAGAGGUCCAAGAGCACCAAAUCAUGCGGGAUCAUUCCACCAAUCGUUCACGUGGUUUUGGAUUUAUUACUUUUGAAACAGAAGAAGCAGUUGAUGAUCUCUUGGCCAAGGGGAACAAGCUUGAGCUUGCUGGCUCUCAGGUGGAGGUCAAGAAGGCAGAGCCAAAGAGACCAAACCCACCUCAACCCUCUUAUAGACGAUACAAUAAUUCUAAGCCAGCAUAUGAUAGUGGGUUUGGGGAUGCUUAUGGUGGAUAUGGAGGUGGAGCGUUCAGUGGUGGCGGAAGUUCUGGCUAUAGGUCUGGUGGGGCAUAUGGAAUUAGAGCUGGUUCUUAUGGAGGAUACAGUGCUGGUGAAUAUGGUGGAUAUGGAGGAUAUGGUGGUGGUAUGGGUGGUUACAGGGGGGAGCCCUCCCUUGGAUACUCAGGUCGCUAUGGAGGCUUUAAUAGAGGUUAUGAUCUGGCUGGUGAUUAUGGGGGCCCUAUUGAGAGUUAUGGAGGAUAUGGUGGCGGUGCAGGUGCCAGUGGUGGCUAUGGAAAUGGCCCAAGUGGCUAUGAUGUGGGCCUUGGGGGUGGCUAUGGAAGCAGUGGCGGGGUUUCUUUCUUUGGAAAUAGAGGGGGAUAUGGUGGUGCAGGAAGCAGUAGGUAUCAUCCCUACGGGAGGUAGGUCAUUGGAUUAAGACUCUACAGGCUAUGAAGUGUAGCACUAUGCUGGAUUGUAUUGGUUAUCAGCAUCGAGCACCUGACUCAUCGCAUUUUCCACUUGGGGAAAAAAUGCAUGAUAACUUCUAUGCCCCUCUUGCCCCUCCCCAAAUUUUAUUCAAGGAGGAUUUGUGUUACCACUGAAAAAUCCAAUGAUCAAUUUACCUAUCCCUUUACCAGAACUUUUGAGAUGUGGGAGAUCUGAAUAUUGAUGUGCUUUCUAGGUCUGAAUAGAAUACCUGCAUUCAUGAAAUUGCAAUUAUUUAUAUUACCAACUUGAUUUUGUUAUAUUAUAUUAUGGGGUCGUUUGGUUCCA